AUGUCUACCCUAGCUUCCCAGCUGUCUGCGAUUGUCGAGAAAGUCAACCAAAACGCGCCUGCUCCAGUCGUUUCAGCCAUCAAAGAAUCAAUUGCCAGUUUGAAAGCCACUUUUGAUAAAAAUGAUUCUAUUCAAAUUGGAGCUUCUCUUCCAAGUUUCAAGCUGCCCAAUGCCCUUGGCAAAGAAGUGACUAGUGAUAGCCUCCUUGCCAAAGGCCCAGUUCUAAUCACUUUCUACCGUGGUGACUGGUGCCCUUUUUGCAAUUUGGCUCUGCGUUCUUUGCAACUGCAUCUCGAUGAAUUUCACGCCAAAGGCGUGACUAUCGUGGCCAUCUCUCCUGAGCUGCCCAACUCUUCUCUAUCUACUGCUGAGAAGAACGAUCUCAAGUUUGAAGUUUUGUCGGAUGUGGGUAACAAAUUCGCUAGGCAGCUUGGCAUUGUCUGGGAUCAGCCCCAGUCUGUUGAACCUAUAUUCAAUGCGUUCGAAAUUGAUUUGAAAGUUCGAAAUGGCGAUGAUUCUAUGGCUGUGCCUAUUCCGACGACUAUUCUGGUUGAUACAAAGGGAGUCGUGAGGAACAUCCACAUUGAUCCUGAUUAUAGGCAGAGACUGGAGACUACCACUGCGCUUGCGUGGGUAGAUUCUCUGUAG